AUGCUGUGCCGGCAUGGUAGGCUGGGGAGGCGUGUCUUGGGAACGCGUCGGCUGUCCACAGGCCAGGAGCUGCUGAAGAAGCUCCGGGAGGCAGCCCGGGAUGCAGGCGGAGAUCCGCUGGAGGUCUACCAGCCCUGGAUGUUGACGGAUUCGCUGCAGCAGUCCUUGAUGUUGCUGCACCAGGCAUCUGGAGACGCCUCGUUGGCAGUGUUGGGUGCGGCCUUGGGCACGCGGCUGCUCUCACUGCCUUGGAACUGGCGAUCGCUGCAGCGGCGCUGCGAUGCCAUGGCUUUGAUGCCAGUGUAUCAGGAGCUUGCCAAGGCGUACAACGAGCAGCGCCAAGGCGGCACUGAGGCGGACUUGCGGCGUGCGGGAGACCGGGUGAAGGAAUUUACAGAGGAGACGCGCUUCUUCCCCUUGCAGGGAUUAGGCUACCAACUGGGCUUUGUUGUGCCCAUUGGUCUCACCUACUUCGGCGCUCUCUAUGGCAUCAUGCAGCACCCCGAUGCAUUCCGCGACUUUGCGACGGCGCCCAGCUUGUGGCUGGACAGCCUCCUGCUGCCGGACCCGCUCGGGGUGCUGCCAUGCCUUUCGGCCCUCGCGCUGCUGGGCAACGCUGAGGUGAAUGCCACCCCGCCCAAGCCGGGCCAGGAGGAGACGGCCAAGUAUUUCCAGUUGGUGAUACGUGGAGCCCUACUGACAUUUGUGCCAUGGACUGCGGGCAGUCUGCCCGCAGCAACCUUCCUCUUCAUCGCUACGAACGGCGUCUACACUGCGGCACUGACGUGGUUCUUCCGGAAGUAUCAUUGGGCUCCGCCGAUUCUGAGCCCAAAGUGGCGAGGCCAGUGA